AGAGAGAGAGAGAGAGAGAGAGAGAGAGAGAGAGAUCAUAUAGUCAUUUCCACAUUUAUUUUUUCCCGUUUUGCAUCAUCAGUGUGUGUUCGCAGUGUGCAUUGACCGUAAUGUGCAGACUAGGCGGGGCUGGCUGACCCUCCUCUCUUAUUUCGGACAAGUAGGAAUAACACUGCUGCUGCUGUUUUCUGACAUUAGAGACUAUUUCCAGGCAUGAGUUCAGCCGAGCAGACGGUGACCUGGCUCAUAACGCUGGGGGUCCUGGACUCUCCCAAGAAAAGCAUCUCUGAUCCGGAGGGUUUCCUGCAGACCUCCCUACAGGAUGGAGCGGUGCUGUGCAGGCUGCUGGAGAGACUGCGACCCGGGACGGUGGACAAAUUUUUCCAGGAGCCGAGAGGAGACAGCGAGUGUCAGAAAAACAUCAGCGAGUUUAUUAAAGGCUGCGGGGCUUUCGGAGUGGAGUAUCAUGUGUACUCUCAUACUGGAAGAGGACAUUCACUAUUUCCCAACAUCAUCCAGCACAGAUUCAUUCAGCUCAGCCUUCAUUCCUCUCCUCUCCCUCAGGACAUGUCCGAGGGCAGCGGGUGUGGCCACUCGCUGUUCAAGGCGCGCUUUGCUUUCGAGCAGACCAAUGAGGACGAGCUCUCCUUCUCCAAGGGCGACAUCGUCUCUGUGAUCCGACAGGAUGACGGGGGCUGGUGGGAAGGGUCCUGCAACGGCCAGUCCGGGUGGUUCCCCAGUAACUAUGUGCGGGAGCUGAAGGCAGGCGACAAGACAUUAGAAAAGCCAAAGUCUGGGACACUGAAAAGCCCCCCCAAAGGUUUCGACACCACCAUCAUCAGUAAGACGUACUACAAUGUGGUCCUCCAGAACAUCCUGGAAGCAGAGACUGAAUAUUCGCGGGAGCUGCAGAGUCUCCUGGGUUCAUACCUGCGAUCCCUUCACCCCACAGACAAACUCAGCAGUCUUGACAUCAGUCACAUUCAUGGAAAUCUGGAGGAGAUCUCCACCUUCCAGCAGAUGUUGGUUCAGUCCUUAGAGGAGCAUACCAAACUCCCAGAGAACCAGCAGAGGAUCGGGGGCUUCUUCCUGAACAUGAUGCCCCAGAUGAAGAUCAUUUAUGUGGCUUACUGCUCCAACCACCCGUCUGCUGUCAGUGUCCUCACUCAGCACAGAAAGUCUGAAUUUUGA